CAUCCUCGCUCCUGCUCCCAGUCCUGCUCCCAGUCUCAUCCCUGUUCCCAGUCCCAUCCUCGCUCCUGCUCCCCACUCCGAGGUUUUUCCCACCCACAGCUCCCCACAUCCUCACUGCGAUAUGGAUUACUGGGAAGAUCCACCAGGACAUGCAAACGCCGGGCUGGUGGGGAUGAGGAUGCAGAGCUCCCCAAACACAGAGCGGCUGCAUCCGACCUUAUCGCCUACGAAACAACCACCAAUCCCAACGGAUUACGGCACAGCCGAGGGCUUUGAUGUCCAACCUCGUUCCUCCGGUUGGCGCGGGGCGAAAGGUGGAUUCUGCGCCUCCCCGGCUCCGUUAUCAACCCAAGAGGCUCAAUUCCGAGGCCGUUUGGUUGAGCAUCAGAGCUAUUCCGGCGAUGCCGGCGCGGACUCUGCUCCACCGGAGCCCAAACGGGCGCUCGUGGAGCAUUUUCCAGCUGCCGGGACGUGCGGUGCUGAUAAACUGCCAUCCCUUCCCAGCUUGGAUCGAUACAGGGCGUUAUCGGCGCUGCCGGCGGUCCGAACCCGUUGGCAGAGCGAUAACCGCGAGGUUAUCACCGGGUUUUCUUCCUUUCUUCUCCAAGAAAAAGGAGGUCCGGUGCCUUUUCCUGAUAAGCAAAAGCUGAACGUGCAACGCUCCGGAGUCGGCGGGCAGGAGGGCAGAGGCGCGGGCGUGCGUGCUCGGAGCCACGCGCUGCCACAUCCCGGAGGUGCCAAAGAGGAGAGAGGGGGGGCACCGGGAUGUGGCUGGAGGGAAAAGCAUCCCUAAGGAUUCCUGGAAUCACCAGAAGGCCUGGAAAGAGGCGAUGAGGCUCCUGGUUUUGUGAUGCUGGAGAGGGGGAAAAGGAAAGGCUGAACCUCGUGGGCAGGGGGAGGAAUGCCAACUGUAUCCCAAAAGCUCUUGGAUGCUCUUCCGUACAGCGCGGAGAAUCUCAAAGGCAAAUAUGAGCCUUAUGAAAUCAACGGAGGCGGCUGCAAAACUGGUUCAUCCGCAGGGAUAAAGGUGUCCCGGGCCAGGGAACGCAGGGAAAAACCCGGAAAGACACAGGGGUGGGGACCUUCUGCCACCCCAUGGUCCUCUCCUGGGGAUCCGCAGCCGGGAUUUGGCCUCCUGGCUGCAUCCGGAAUGGGUAGCAGGUGCUGAACCCCCAGAACUGGAGCUUGAGGGGCUCGGGAAGGGCUUCAACACCUGAUCC